AGGGUAGCCAGCACAGGGAGUAAUAACGGGAGAGGGGCGAAUAUGAGUUAAUGCUACCCGGGAAGAACACCACCUCGGAGGUGAAUAUCCUGCGACACAAAUUAGAGGGUUGAAUUAAAAAAUUGUUAAUUGUUUGACCUGGAGGUAUCAAAGGCGCGAGGAGAGAGCAUCGAGCCACAUACGGAAGCUCCGAACUGACUGGCAGCGAACGACUGCGUAGAAGACAGUGUGAGAGGGAGGUGACAGUGUUGAAAAGUAUAUUGCUUUUGUUCAUUUGUAACUACGGAGUAUUGGGUUUUGUUUUAAAGGCACGUUUUUAUUUUACUUUCGCGGGGAUCGCGACUCACUUCCGGAAACCCACUUUAUUUUUUUGUUGAGCAGUCGCUACAUUUUUGUAUCAACACUGACGAAGAGACUCCAAAACCGGAAUAUUGUACUGUCGUCAAUGUUUUGUCAGACGAGAUACGGCAAUUUAAAAUAAAAAAUAUAUGGGAGAGUGCGGACCGGAUUUAUUGAAUAUAUGUUAAAUAUUAUAUUCAAGUAUUUGACAUUCUGUAGUUAACAAACAGCCUUUGCCACCCAAGUGAACUGGCGAGAGAGAAGGAUACAUUUUUGCUGCGUAUGUGGACGCGUCUCUGACACAUCAAAGAAAAUCAAAAUUGAAGAUUCACUUCUCUUUUUUUAUUAUCAAGAGAGGCGCAUUGACUCUACCUAGAUCAGAGACUUUGGAAUAGAGCGCAAGAAACUGACACUGAAAACGGUUUUACUUUUGUUGUGCCUUGGAAUACCCUUACUUGCACAUUAACACUUUGCUUUGUCGUAUUUAUUUUUGCAUGCACAUGUUUAUUUCCUCUUCCUGCACAUAAUAACAUUUUUCACAAGCUAAAGGUUGUCACUCGUGUUUUUAGUUCCGUGUCCCUCUCCUCCCACCGUUUCGACCUGGCAGCGCUUAAGGGCACCAGUUAACUGUGGACUUCGCUAGUUCCGUUCAAGGGGGAAGGGUAGAUUUUCAUGUUUAUGCAUCUGGUGAAGGAGACAAAGACAAAAAGCUUUUACUGUGGAUGAUUUAUCUCUCUGAACUGUACCUUUUGUGUCACUGGAUUAAACCACCAGGUUGAAGUUCGGGAAAGAAAACAGCACAGAUGUUUUUGGAUUGCUUUCACCUGCUUAUUUUUUGAGUGAUUCGUUCACAAUAGGAUACUUACACAGAAUCUAAGCGGCAAAGGCUAUUUUUAGGGAGAGUGAUGGGGUAAAUGGUGGUAGUUGGAAAUUGAGACCCCCACCCUCAGCCCAACAACACUUCCAGCUUUAGCUCUGGUUCCAUUGUCAGCUGCUGAAUUAUCAAAACUGGAAAUCCGAGUGGGGGUCCUGUCUCAGUCAAGCUCCCAGAUAUACAUCUCACCCUUGUCUACAAUCUGACUGUAUCUUCUUUGCAUCUUUGACUGGAAUUAAAAAAGAAAUUCAACAAGGAAUAAUGCAUGAAACUCCGCACUUAUAAGAAGCAAACUUGAGUAACCAAAUAUUUUCUUCCCCAUAUACACAGAGAAGCAUAUUUUUAUAUAUAAUAUAUAUAUAUAAUAUAUAUAUAUAUAUAUUAAAUAAGAAAUAGCUAUGAAUUAUAUAAGAAUAUGUAGUUUAAAUAAUUAUAUUAUAUUUUUACGUCAGAAAUAAAUAAGUAUUGUUGCCUGAAACCCAGUUCAUUGCCUUAGAGAAUCAUUGUAAUAAAGAAAACAGGAAAGACGACGUGAAACUUUUUUGGAAACAAGUUAAUGGUGCCUUUUUAGUUUCGUUGGUUCCUAAUGUCUCCACCACUUCAGGAUUGAAUUGUUGACAAAGAAAUAUUUUUGUGUGAAACCCUUAUAUACCUGCCUUUCCGGUUCAAACCUGAGUUUUAUUGUUGUUGGAUGUAUAUUGCUGGAUUACAGAGAUUUCUGAAGAGUUCUGAGGCGGGGAUUACCCCUUCACUCUACACUUGAUGCAUCCUCAUAGUUUUCCAAAGUAAUAUUUGGAAUCCCCAAAUUAUAAACUUUGACUUGAUUUCUGGGAUACAGCGGCCCAACACACAAGAGUUUCAGAUGGUGAUCACUUCGUCAGUGGAGGAGAAGUCGCAGCCUUCUAACAGAAUGGUCGCAAACUUGCCGACCGAAUCCUGGAUCAACAACCCAGAGCAAAGUCGCUACUUACCAACUCAGUCACACCUACUACGGAAACCGACAAAAAGUGGAAGCAGCUCAGGAUGCAAGCCCCCCUCCUCUACCCUCUGCCAGCCUGCCGCCUUGGGCUUCUCCCCCGCUGAGCCAACCAUGUCGAGCCAGCACAGCCACCCCUCCUUCAGCAACAUCCACUCCAUGGCUGAACAGCAGCAGGUGCUGUCUGAUGCGACCAUACUGCAGAGGAGGAUCCCCCCAAGUUUUAGAGAUCCCGCCAGCGCCCCGCUGAGAAAACUCUCUGUCGAUCUGAUCAAGACUUACAAGCACAUCAAUGAGGUGUACUACACGAAGAAGAAGCGGCGUGCUCAGCAGGUGCCCCCGGAGGACUCGAGCACUAAGAAYGAGCGGAAGGUGUACAACGAUGGCUACGAUGACGACAACUACGACUACAUCGUCAAGAACGGGGAGAAGUGGCUGGACCGCUACGAGAUUGACUCGCUCAUCGGCAAGGGCUCCUUCGGGCAGGUGGUGAAAGCCUAUGACCACCACGAGCAGGAGUGGGUGGCCAUCAAGAUCAUCAAGAAGAAAGCCUUCUUGAACCAGGCCCAGAUAGAGCUGCGACUGCUGGAGCUCAUGAACAAACAUGACACCGAGAUGAAGUACUACAUAGUCCACCUGAAGAGGCACUUCAUGUUCCGGAACCACCUGUGCCUGGUGUUCGAGCUACUCUCCUACAACCUGUACGACCUCCUGCGCAACACCAACUUCCGCGGCGUCUCUCUCAACCUGACCAGGAAGUUUGCCCAGCAGCUGUGCACGGCGCUGCUGUUCCUGGCCACGCCCGAGCUCAGCAUCAUCCACUGCGACCUCAAGCCCGAGAACAUCCUGCUGUGCAACCCCAAGCGCAGCGCCAUCAAGAUCGUGGACUUCGGCAGCUCCUGUCAACUAGGCCAGAGGAUCUACCAGUACAUCCAGAGUCGGUUCUACAGAUCUCCGGAGGUGUUACUGGGCAUGCCCUACGACCUGGCCAUUGACAUGUGGUCCCUGGGCUGCAUCCUGGUGGAGAUGCACACGGGAGAACCCCUCUUCAGCGGCUCCAACGAGGUGGAUCAGAUGAAUAAGAUAGUGGAGGUACUGGGGGUCCCUCCCAACCACAUGCUGGAUCAGGCUCCCAAAGCACGGAAGUACUUUGACAAGCUGUCCGACGGUCUGUGGACUGUCAAGAAGAACAAGGACAUAAAGAAGGUACUUUACCCCUCGGCCUCCGAGUACAAGCCUCCUGCGACGCGGCGGCUCCAUGAGAUCRUGGGGGUGGAGACCGGGGGUCCUGGCGGGAGGCGGGGCGGAGAGCAGGGGCACGCUCCCUGCGACUACCUGAAGUUCAAGGACCUGAUCCUGCGCAUGCUGGACUACGACCCCAAGACGCGCAUCACYCCCUUCUACGCGCUGCAGCACAACUUCUUCAAGAAGACGACGGACGAGGGCACCAACACCAGCAGCUCCACCUCCACCAGCCCGGCCAUGGACCACAGCCACUCCACCUCCACCACCAGCUCCGUCUCCAGCUCCGGUGGAUCUAGCGGUUCUUCCAAUGACAACCGGAAUUACCGGUAUAGUAACCGGUACUACAACAGUGCAGUUACUCACUCAGACUAUGAGAUGCAGAGUCCACAGGCUCCAUCUCAGCAGCAGCUACGCCUCUGGCCGGGUGGAGAGGGGGGCAUGGGUCCCCUGUCCAACAGCGGCAGUAGCGUUGGCGACCCCCCAUAUCCCCAGCUGCUGCUGCACAAGCCGGCGGCCACGCAGCACUCGCGCCACUUCCUGGGAGGCYGCGGCGUCGGGGGCAUGAUGGAACCACACCACCCGCACCCCAUCUACGGCGGUCACCACGGCAACGGGCGGGGCCUGCGGCAGACUGGGCAGGGGAACCAGCCCCAGGGCCAGGCUUCACAGGGCCAGCCCCUGAUGCCCAUCUCCUCCCCACAGAUGCCGGACAGCAUCGAGCUCAGCCUCACACACCACCACCAUCUGGGUCAGUCUUCCAUCAUGCCGCCCCCAUCCAGCUUGGACUCCAGCCAGUACGGCUCCUCCAACCUCCACCUGGGCCUCUCUGCCUUUCGGACUAGGACGGUCAUGGCCCCCCAGCCGCCCCCCGCCGGCUCCCAGCAACAGUUGGCCCAGCCCCCAGCCUCUCAGGACAGCUUGGUCGCUGCCUCCGGGCUUGGAUACAUCCCCCCAUGCUACCCGGGCAGUAACAACAAUAACAACCCUCCCCAGGGUAGUGUGGUCGGGGGCGGGAUGCUCACCGGGGGGCCCCCACCCAGGGGAGUAGGGGGCGGCGGGGGGAGGCCGGACUCUGAGGAGUCCACCAUGAUGGGUGUGUGCGGCAGUGGAGGCGGUGGUGGUCAGAACGCGGCCAACUCUUGAUAAAUCUUGAACAAAUUCCAAAAGCCAUACAAUUUUAACAACGACAACAUUACAAUUUCAACACGCAUACAUAUACAUUAUACACACUUGAGUUUGAAACAAAUACGGCCACACAUACAGAGACAAACUUAUGAAAUAUCAAAGGAAUUUAGUUUUGUUUUGCAUGGGAGAAGGUCGAGGGAGAGUAAGAGAGGCUUUGAAACCAUUUUUAUCCUUUUUUCAGUUUCUUUGUUUUUCUUUUGUUGAAGGAAAGAAACGGGGCUCAGUAGUUGGAAUGGAAAGUUUCAGAUAAGUUUGUUUUAUUGUUAUUAAUAUUAUAUUAUUUGAUUUUAUGUGAUUUAAGGAAAGGUUUGCAGCGAGAUUUUUGUUGUUUGGGUUGUAUUUUGGAAUGAAGACCGCAAAAGUAAAUGAAUGGUUUGAAAAGUGGUAAUUGUUGGUUAAGAAGCGGGAGGCACGAGAGAAUACCCUUAUGCUAUUUUUAACAUCUUUUUUAUUUUCUUUGUUUUUGUUUAGUUUUUCUAAAGUCUAGGUUUAAUUGUACAUGUUUUAUUUAUUAAACAUCACUACAUGAGGAGGGUAAGCGGGGAGAUCGGAAGAGCGCUAAAUUGAGAGGUGGUUUAUUUAUUCAUUUUAAUUUAUACAGGGUUUUUUUCUUUGUUUUUUGCUGAUGGACAGAAAACACUUGUGCAUACACAGAGAAACAAACAAACUAGGGUCUUUUUAGUUUGUUUUUCAGUUCAGUAUAUCUCACCCCCGAAACACACACACACACUUUUGUUACAUUUUUUUUUAUGUUUCCAAUCUUCUAUCGCUUGACACUGGCUUAUAUAUCUGAAACUAUGAAACAGAUCAUAGAAAUAAAAUGAAGCAAAUGACAAAAACCGUAGUCACCACACAGUGAGAAACUAUACGAUGAGGAGGCUGAAACAUUUGACGAAGUGAGAGGCUUUCAAGAGGAGAGGGGGAGCAGAACUUCUUCACAAAAGGAGGAAGUGAUUCAAGAACGAAAAACAACAAAACAUUUUGCCACAAGGAAAACCAAAAUGCUUCCCUGUUGUUUAAAAAAAAAAAAUGUCUGCCUUCUACUUCAACAUCUAACCAUCUAACCAGACUCUUUCACCCUCUUUCUCUGUCUUUCUUUCUGUCUUUUCUUAUUCACUUUUGUUUUGGACCAUAAACUACAGAAAUGUAACACACAUUUUGGGUUGGAGUAACUGGAUAUGCUAAGCCAAAUCUUGCUCGCUCUCUCUGUCUCGCUCUCUUCUCCUCUGCCCCAUUUUUCUGUUGGAAGGAGGGGGGAGGGGGGCAAUAUAUAGCAGGAGGGAGGAGUACAUACUAAUGAGGGGACACUUUCAUGCCCUCCUUACCCCUACAGCCCCAGUGACUGACUUCUCUGGCCUCUUUUCUUUCUCCUGUCUUUUUUCUCCCCUUCCCUCCCUCCUUCACGACACUCUGUGAGUGCUGUUUGCCAUCAAGUCAAAAAAAAAGUGAACUACUUCUCUCUCGGCUGCUAUCUACACUUUCAACCAUGUUCGGAUUGCUGCUAAAGAAAACAGACAGACAGAUAAAUAAAUAAAAAUGAAACUUUUUAACCCUCCUGCUUCAGAAAAAAUGGAAAAAUAAACCACUGCAUCUCAUGUAUUUAUUACUAUUUAACAAGAAAAAGAAAAGGUAAAAAUUAACCUGUUUUCUGUUUUUUGUUUGGUUGCCUUCCUGCUGGUGAAAGUUGGGCAUUGACUAAAUGUAACAGUUAAAGGUGUUAUUAAAACACUCUUAGUUUAAGUCAGCCACUGGGCGGGGCCUGAAUGGGGAACCUGGGUAAGAAUAAAGUUGGAUAUAUA